AUAGUAGCCAGCGAUGAACUCGCACAAUAACGGGUAGGAUUCUGUUACCGCGGCUGCAUAAAUAACACCGCAUCGCACCAUUUGUGGAUAUACGGAAAGCAUGAUUUCGUCUGUUCUUCUACUGAGUGGAUAUCACAAGAAACACUGUUUUACCGACAAUCACUAUUGUGUUGUGACGUGCAUGUAAGAGCACAUGCAUUUUCACGCCGAAUUCAAUAGCUUCACGCCAGACACUACGCGUUCCACCUAGUGAGAAAGUUUGCAAUCAUGUUUAGCACGCCAAUAGUGACAACCGUUCGAAACUUCGCCCAACGCGACAGUCAUCAUCAUCAUCCUCAUCCCCACUCACAACAUCAUCAUCAUGGUCCCCGACAUGGUAUCUUUAGUGGCGCGAAUAGUCCCAGCACGAGCCCCCGCAGUAAAAACAGUCCUAUCUCACCGAGGGAAGAGAAAGUUGAGAAGGGGGAUUACAGUAUGGGAGACCCUCCUUCCUGGGUGCGCUCGCUAACGCCCGUCCGCGGCACCGUCACUCCCGUCAGCGACGCCGACCUGGAUAGCGGGAUCAUUCCAGCCGGAGCCAGGGCUACACGGCCGUCGACCGCUGCCAGCCGCUGCACUACGAGAGAUAACAGUAACGACGAUGCUUGGGGGGAUGGAAGUGCCAGGGCAGGUGAGCCUGCCAAGCCUUGCUUAUCACAGCUAACAGUAAAGAUUCUGAUUGGCGUGCUGAUUGUGGUGAGCAUCGCUGUGUCGUGGACAGGCACGGCUCAGUUUGCAGCGAGCAGCUUUGACGAGACGUUCGACGGUGCUUACUUCUUCAUCUGGUUCUCGACAACAUGGAUGGUCGUCUGUUUCCCCGUCUACACCAUCGCCGUCUUCAUCUUCAGCCGGGAUAAGCGCUGCUUGAAGAGUAUAUAUAGGGACUGCAUAUCAGUGUAUGGCGAAGAUCGUUUGACGCCUCUCACUUUCUUCACAAAGUGUGGCUUGUUUUGUAUACUCUGGAUAGCAUCAAAUUACAUGUUUUUGAUGGCGCUCAGGAUCAUUCCCAUCACGGACACGGUGGCCGUGUUUGCGUCAAACGCGGCCUUUGUCUACAUAUUGUCAUGGAUCAUUCUUCACGAGAAGUUUAUAUCUAUACGGAUACUCGCCGUGAUUCUCAUGAUAACGGGUAUAGUGAUGAUGAUGUACGCGGAGGGCUUCGGAGGAUCAACGCCGCGCGGCGUCGCGCUUGCCAUCGGAGCUGCUCUCGGCUCGGCUGUCUAUCAGGUCUGCUUUAAGAAGAUCGUGGGUAAUGCGAGCCUCGGGCAGGUGUCGAUCUUUCUUUCGAUGCUCGGUGUCUUCGACGUGCUCGUCAUGUGGCCGAUCAUGCUGGCGCUCUACCUCACCAAGGUCGAGGUCUACGACUGGCACAACUUACCGUGGAUGUACCUGGGUGGCAGCGCUGCGCUGGGACUAGUAUUCAACUUCCUGGUGAAUUUCGGCAUUGCGUUUACCUACCCGCUUUUUAUUUCGAUCGGCAUCAUGAUGGGUAUUCCCGUUAAUGCAGCGGCCGACAUCAUCUGGCGGGACAAGACGUUCAGCGGCAUGACGAUUGCUGCCGCCGUGCUCAUGUGCGUUGCGUUUCUCGUGCUGCUCGCGCCCGAGGACUGGAACCUGACACUGCAGCGCUGGUUCUGCAGCUGCGGCCGCAAGAAGCGCGCUGCCGCCACCGCUGCUGCUGCCGAACAGUCGCGACCCGACACACGGCAGUCACGCUUCAAGGUCGCCAGUUCAAGCGGCGUGUGAGGGGCGUCAAGGUCGCCAGUACAAGCGGCGUGUGAGGGGCUUCAAGGUCGUUGAUACAAGCGGCGUGUGAGGGGUUUCAAGGUUGCCGAUGUGAUGGGCUUCAAGGUCGUCUGUGCGAUCGAGCUGCAUGUGAGGGGCUUCAAGGUCGCCAGUACAAGCAGCGUGUGAGGGGCUUCAAGGUCGUCGAUACGAGCUGCAUGUUAGGGGCUUCAAGGUCGCCAGUACAAGCAGCGUGUGAGGGGCUUCAAGGUCGUCGCUACAAGCGGCGUGUGAGGGGUUUCAAGGUUGCCGAUGUGAUGGACCUCAAGGUCGUCUGUGCGAUCGAGCUGCAUGUGAGGGGCUUCAAGGUCGCCAGUACAAGCAGCGUGUGAGGGGCUUCAAGGUCGCCAGUACAAGCAGCGUGUGAGGGGCUUCAAGGUCGUCGCUACAAGCGGCGUGUGAGGGGUUUCAAAGUUGCCGAUGUGAUGGGCUUCAAGGUCAUCUGUGCGAUCGAGCGGCGUGCGAGGGGUUUCAAGGUCGCCGGUGCAAGUGGCGUGCGAGGCUUCAAGAGGUGAAACACAUAGGCAUGGGAGACGGAUACUAGAUACACAGCGUAGUGAAUGGGGGUUAGUAGGUGUGGACUACAUUCAUGUCAAUGUCUCACUAUCAGCGGUCAGUGUAACGGUUGGACACACAGCUUGUGUUCCGCGCCUGGAUAUUUCUAAUGUCUGGUGAUAUAUCUAUUACUGGUAUCUAUAUCUGAUACUAUAUGUGAUGAGGCAAUGUUUAUCAUUAGGGGUAUUUGUUCGUUAAUGCUACUGAAAAUACACAGCUGCUCAUAUGCAUAACAUUCCUGAAUGUUUAUUGUAGUUCAUCAGGAGUCUGGAGUCAUAUCAUUUACAUGUAAUAAAUGUUGAGUCGGUGUGAUCGCUGUGGCCCUGUAUAGUGUGAGCUUGGCUUGAAUGAUUUAUUAUUUCUCAUGCCAUCUGAGUGAGAUACAAAACAGAUGUUUGAUUAUUACAAAGAUCUGCUGAUUGAGAGAUUUGCUCGACGUAUUCAGCUGUGAUCUCGCAUGUAUUGAGAUGCUAGUUUUGUCGGCAGAUUUUUGAUACUGAUAACAAAAUAUAUAUUGCCAUUCUUUUUAUAUUAGGCCAGCACAAUGUUUCUCAGUAGUGGUGAUGAGGGUGAGAGUGGUCGAUAGUGAGGUCCGACAAAUGUUGUCUUUAUGCAUAUCAGUAACAUGUGAAGGAUACUUUAGGAGUCAUAGUAAAUUCUUAGUGCUACUAUGUCAGUGAUUAUUUCUAUUUAAAUACAUUAUAAUCUGUAUUCUAAAUCUAUUCAGCAACUUUUUUGUAAACUAUUAGCCAGCUCGUUAGAAUUGGUAUUUGUUCUGUUAUUCCUGAACUUUGCCAUUGCAUUUUUUUCUGAAUGCUCCCUGUUGGUUGAUAAUUUGCUUAAUUCCUAUUGCUUGGAUAUAAGGCUCUAAUCCCUUGACCACUGUACUCAUAGACUCAGACUUUAUGAAAGUGACUCGACACCCUUAACAAUGUGCAGCUGCUCCUCGACCCAACCGUGGCAAACACUAAUUUUGUGAUAUGUAUAGCAGUACUAAUUAACAGAACUCUUGUACUAGAUUAUGUAGAAACUUAUUAAAAUUAUAGUGUUUCACGUGCAAUUCUUCUUUGAAGCGGUCAGACAGCAAACCAGACAGCAAGCAUUUUGUAUCAUUAUAGUUAUACCCUUCCUGUCGGUGCCUUAACUAUGAUGCUGAUAUAAAGUUAUGAAAUGUGUCGAAUAGAGGGCUUUGUCGAUCCAUUACUUAUAAUAUCAAGUAUGUACAGAGUUCAAUAUGUGUCAAUAUGUGUCAUCAUAACUUACUGCUUUGGCAUAAAUGAAGCAGAGGUAGCAUAUCGUUUAUGGCGUGACCAUGUCAUAGGGUUGAUGGUUGAUACUCUAGCUAUCUAGCAGAACAUCUCACAUUAGGUCAGGAGUGAUUAGGUUAUUACAGUGUAUCAUAGGGGUAUCUUUUGGCACACCAUUGGUUUAACUAACUACAUCUACUACUGACUCUGGUAUUCACCAUUAUUUGGCAUAUAAGCAUAUUUUUUU